GAGGUCUGUUGCAGUGGUCAAUAAUUCAAACAGAGCAUCGGUUAUCAGUUAUUGAGUGUGACGAUGCUUUUGCAGAUGGAAAGAAAUCUGAUGUCCCCGGAUAUGUUAUUUUAAAUACCUCAAAAGGGUCAAUAACAAUCGAGUUAUACAAAGAAGGCUCUCCUGAGGUGGUUGAUGCAUUUAUUGACUUAUGUCAGAGGGGGCACUUCAAGGGGAUGCCUUUUCACCAUGUAAUAAAGAACUUUGUGAUUCAAGGAGGUAAUUCUGAUAUACCUGGAGCUACAGACGAUUGGACUUUGAAAGUAAAGCAAAACAGCCAACUUGAAACAAGCAUGAAGCAUGAGGCGUUUAUGCUUGGUACUACAAAGGCUAAACAUGACAAAGAGGGAUUCGAGCUUUUUAUUACGACUGCACCAAUCCCUGAUCUAAAUGAGAAGCUGAUUGUGUUUGGGCGGGUCAUUAAGAGAGAGGAUGUUGUUCAGGAAAUUGAAGGGGUGGAUACGGAUGAACAUUAUCGACCUAAAUCUCCAAUAGGAAUCAUCAAUGUGACUCUGAAAGAGAAGGUUUGAAGGAGGUUUUAUCAGUUUAAAGCUUCUUUCAAUGGCAUGGUUUCCCCAUCUUAGAUGCCAACGUGCUGAUAAUCACCAAGCAAGCAAGAGGUUUAUGGAAAGUAUAAAUUUUUAGUCCAGGGUCGUAAGAUGGGUCAAUGUGAACCUCAUAAGUUGAAUUUCGGUUGUACGAAUGGGAUGGAAGACAAUACGUACGAGCGAGU